GGCUUUAAAAAAAGGUACUCUGUAUUUUUUAAACAUAAUCAAAAAAGAUAAACUUGUAUUUUAUCCCCUAUUCCCAAGUCCCAACCAAGUAAAGAAAUACUCCGUCCGAAUAAAUUACGCGACAAUUGAGUUGUUUAAAAAUCUAGGGCUCCGUCCGAUAUCAAUUUCGAGCAUAAACGAGAGAGAAACAAGCAAAGCACUUGCUACAACUCUGCAACUACAAUACAACCAAAUUUAUAAUUCAGCUAAACAAUGGUGUGCGAAAAGUGUGAAAAGAAGUUAGCGAAGGUGAUAGUUCCAGAUAAAUGGAAAGCAGGCGCCAGCAACACCAACGAAAGCGGUGGCCGCAAGAUCAAUGAAAACAAGCUCCUCUCCAAGAAAACCAGAUGGACUCCUUAUGGAAACACUAAAUGCAUCAUUUGCAAGCAGCAAGUACACCAGAAUGGCAAGUAUUGUCAUACUUGUGCUUAUAGUAAAGGUGUAUGUGCUAUGUGCGGUAAACAAGUGCUGGAUACCAAGCAUUACAAGCAAAGUAAUGUAUGAUGCUUAUUGGACUCAUCUUGGGGUGACAUUCUGAGCUCUCAGCUCAUUUCUGUUAUCUUGAUCAUUGUUGCAGAAAAAUGCUUUUGUGUAUAUGUACUAUCAACUAAUUUUCCGUUAUAUAGGGGAGGUGAUUAAAGAUUUGAUAUCAAAUCUGGAAAAAAAACAAUGUAUGAUGCUAAUUGAAUUUAACUUGCAAUUUCUUAAAUAGCUAACUCUUGAAAGGUCAAUAAUCUGACUAUAACUUUUUUGGCUCUUUUUUUUUUUUCCUUCCCUAUUUCUGUUAAUUUGAGCCAUGUUUAAAACAUAUAACAUGUGCAUUAAGGUGGUGUUAUCUUCAGACUUCACUUCUCACUUUUUUCUUAGUUUAAAUUUGUAAACAUGUACUACUACGUUUAUUGAAACUUUAUUUUAUUUAGACUUA